UAUAAGUCUCAGUGAAGGUUCUAGCAACAGUAUAGCAGAUUUGCAACGUCUUACAGCUGCUGUCCAACUUUUGCAGCAUUCCUCAUCCUUUAGAAGGGAUCUAAAGACUUUUAAUUCUCUUUUCUUGCCCAACCAGUCAUUCCAUUUAACUAAACAGCAGCUUUUAGGCAUCUCCUCCAUAGACACAGCUAUAAUCUUCCCCCCAGUGGGUGUAAUCUGACCGCACCCUAUCGUGAAUACAAUUUACAUCUCAUUAACAUUCCACCAGUCGCGUAUCGUGAAAAGGUCUAUAUAGUAGGCCAAUUUUUCCAUUUCCGGACCAGCUGACGGGUGCCAAAAUAAAUACGGUGCCCCGGACUUAUGCGCAUGCGCAUAGCUACACAGAAUUUUGACGCAGAUUCCUUAGCUCAAUUCACCUGGUAUCUGUGCUUCCUCAGAGUCAGAGAAGGCUGAGAUACAGAGAUAGACGAGAUAGUAAACUUAAAUGGCUUUAAACAUCGAAAAUCUCAAUGAAGUGAUUGCGCUACUUGAGGAGUGUCACUUUAACAAAGCAUCAUAUUAUAAACUUGGUCUACAUCUCAAGCUAUCUGAUAACACACUAAAAAGCAUUGAACAUAAACACAGAGAGCAGGUAGAUCCUUGUUUAAGAGAGUGUUUGGCUAGCUGGUUGCGUAAAGCUGAUGGUGUGCAGGUGGAUCCAACAAUAGAUACACUGAGAGAUGCUCUUAAAGGAAUAGAUAAUGCUGCAGCUGAUUGUAUUAAAGAUAAGCAAACUGUUCCUAGCAAAAGCUCAGACGAAGACAGGCCAUUAACCCCUAGCCUCGCGCAGCCCCCACUCCCAGCAUCACACAAAACAUUGGUUACAUACGAUAGUACAUGCUAUCCUGGUCUUACUAAUGAGAAACAUGCUACUAAAAUUUUUAAGUUGCAUGACGAACAACUCAAGUUCCUUAACAGACCUCUUGACAUAGCCAUUCUGCUUUAUGAGGAAAAAAAAAUCAUAGAAAAGAAGGAACUUGACUUAAUAAGAAAAAAGGAGCUUUCAUGUGAAAGACGUCUUGAAAUGCUCUUGGGCUACAUUGGGGCUGCCAUUAGUGAGGAUCAUAAUCUACUUCUUAUGUUUGCUCGAAUAUGUGUAAAUACAGGAAAUCAAGUUCUUGGUCACAACAUUAUAAAAAAUUGCAAUGCUGCUUUUAAAGAAUUAGAUGCUGGCUCCAAUGAGAUGCACGAAGUUUUUGGUAGUAUCAAAGAUGUAAAAGAAAAAAUAUUGAAUGAUCCAAAAGCUCUCUCAAAGAUGACAUCAAUUCUUAGACAACAAUUAUGCAUUGCACUCUCAUCAGCUAAGGAUUGCAUGGAAGCUGUAGAUAGAAAAACCACACUAUUUGAUACGUCUUUACUUGAAGAAAUUGCAGAGGAGAUUGGCUGUAAUACAACGAAACUCAUUGAGUCCAGUGAAUGCAUGAAUAGUAAAAUGAUUUGCAACCUUCCUUCAAGAGAGAUCUCAACUUGUAUAACAGUGGAAACACUUACCAUAGCGAUGGCAUGUGACAGCCCUGUUGCAGAAGUAAAAUUCAUUCUUGAGCAAUUAUUUGGCUACUAUUUUAGAGAUGUAGUAAAAUGGCAUAGUAUUAAGGAUGAUACAGUCAUAGUUUGCUAUUUUCCACCUGUUUAUGCCACUUUAUUGAUUAAUAAAGUAAUACAGGGGUUUUCAUUUUGUAAAGAGAAGCAAAUAAAGAUGAUCACUGUUGGAUACCUUUUGGUAUAUGAUGAAUUUCUUUAUGACAAGGCAUAUCAAGAACUAAAGGAAAGAGUAGAUGCAUUGGAGAAAAGAAAUUUAGAGUUGGAAAAAAUGAAUCAAGACUUACGUGGAAUAAAUGAAGAAUUGAUUAGGAAGAUUGAUGAUCUUGAAAAAGAUAUGCAUAUGAAGAAUGACUUCAAAGAAAAGGCUGUUCAACUAGAAAAGGAACUUAAAGAGGAAAAAGAACAUAUCAAAAAAUUGCAAACCAUUGAAUCCAAUUUAAGAGAAGAGUUGCGGACAAAAGACCGAAUACAAAAAGCAGCAAUUCUACAGAGUGAACACUUAACAUCCAUGCUUAAUAAAACAAAGGAUCUGGAAAAAAAUACAAAGAAAAAGCAAUCAGAAAUUGCAAUUCUUCAAGAUAAGAUUUCAUCACUAAGUUGUGAGGUGAUAGAUUUAAAAGAAGAAAACAAAGCUUUGAAAGAAGAAAAAACUGCAAUUAUAGCCCAGUUUAAGUUAGGCAAAGAGACAGGAGAAAACAUUGAGCGUAGUACAAAUAAUCCUGUAAGCAAGGAAACCACUAUUAAAGAGGAAACCACAGAUCAGCCCACACCAAUGCUACAACAGCAAGAGUAUGAUCCCCUCACAGAAAACAUUUCUGUGUCUAAUUCAGAGAUUACCCUAACUGGUCCUUCUCUUAAAACAUGCAAAGAAAUUCAAAUUCAACAAGCUGUCCUCUCAUUGCAUGAUGCUUUUGUCGAUUCCACUUCUGCCAUUUUGUUUCAACUACCAGAAUCAAUAACACAUCUCCACAUCAACAGGACAACUUUAACUCAUGACAGUGUUCAUUCUAUCAUUCAAUUGCUGCAGAGGCUCAAGGCUCUUCGUCUUACAGAUGUUGCUCUUCCUCCUACCAGUUUGAGCUAUAUCCUCAAUGUCCUGUUGACUAAUGAGUCAUUAGAAGAAUUCACCAUUCAAUUUAACAGCCAAAUGAUACUGCCUCUCUCCUCCACAAGUGCUGCUUCUUAUGCACAAGCUAUUUCGGAUGUUGUUCAGAGGAACUCAACUUUACAGCGCUUCUCUGCUCUUGGCCUAAGGCUCGAUGAAGCUGGGGUGGUAAAAAUACUACUUGCUCUUGUAAAAGACAACAGCACUCUUCGACUGCUCACCCUGGACCAAUCUCAUCAAGCAACUGCUUACAGAUUCGCUGAAGCUCAUGGCCCCAUCAAAGACAGACUGAGUUUUUUUAACUGAAAACUUUUGCUUUUUAUGAUGUUGACUAUUUUAUUAGUAUACAUGUAAUUGCUUAGCAACUUUAUGAUGUUGCAUGUUUUAAUUUUUAUUAGUAUAGCUACUAUUAGACUUUUUGACGCUGUGUGUAUCUUUAUAAAUUCUUAUACUUAUUAUACUGUUUUCUUAAGUUAGUUCAAAUAUUUGGUAUCUCAGUUUUUUGAGUAAAUAGCAGUCAUAUUAAACCUUACUACAA